CAGAGACAGUUGCGGGGCAGCGCAGCUGAAGACGAGGUGACCGACGCUCUGUCUUCGCAUCGUACUCAAAAACACUAUUGAAAGGGAUAUUCAGAGCAGCUGUUUGCUGACUGGUAGGAGAGUUCUCUCUGCAAAUGUCCCCUGAAAGAGAAAGUGCAUAUAAUAUUUUCAUAUGACAGAACGUGAUAUGGUGAAGGGUUUUAGGAAUGAGCCUUUGACUCUUCUGCUUUCCUAGUCUGGCGUUCAGGGAGAGAGAGAGAUGUCGUUGAAACCGUUCACCUACCCAUUGCCCGAAACAAGAUUUCUUCAUGCUGGCAGGCAUGUGUACAAAUUUAAAUUCCGGUAUGGCAGCUUCAACAGGAAGUGAUCCGAGUGAUCCUUGGAAAUCUUGAUGAUUUACAUCCAUUUUCUACAGACCACUUCACUGUAUAUCCAUAUUUGAGUAAAUGGGAGCGAGUAUCAAAGAUGAAAUUCAAACAUGAGAAUGUUCAUCUUGUGCCUUAUCCCUACAUUUGUACGUUGUAUCUAGAAUUGAACUCAUUUCAGCAAAACGUAUCUUGUGGUAAAGAAGUAAACAAGGGCAGUGAUGAGCUUGUCAGGAGAAGAAAUGAAAUGUCAGAAAGUACUGCAAUGAAAGAAGCAGUGAAAAGGAGAAGAGUGGAAGUCAGAGAUGAUGCCUCAUGCCCACAAUCAUAUAUGGACAGAACUGGAGCUGACUGUGUUCACCAGCUGAGUAAAGCAGAGCAUGGAUUUGAAAAGAAUUCCUCCAAGGCAAAUGAGCUUGAGUUUAGCCCAGCAUCUCGUACUAAAGACUGUGACCAACUGAGUUUCUGGGAACCUGUGGAAUUUGCCCUUGAACAAAAAAGAGUAGCUGGUCAGGCUGAGGGUGCAGUGCAGCUGCUGCAGCAAAUGGACCAAACAGGAAAGAAAGGAAAUGUGAAGUCAGAAGGAAGAGGUCUUUCACACUUCUGGAGAAGCAUCAUCUUUUCGCCACUACAACAUCUUUUUGGUGGAAAAAAUUGACCCGGAAAUACUGAUUGUUGUGAAAAGGUAGAUUUGUAGUAUGAAUAUUGGGUUGCACUGUUCCUCUGUAAUUCAGCUUUUCACAUUGUUUGUCUCAGCUAUUAAGUGCUUUAAAUUAAAUUUUACUUUGCUAAUGUUUUCAAAGUAACAUUCUGAAGAUGUUGGGUUAGAACAUGUUGGGUUUUUCUUCGCAUCUUAGAGGUUUUGAAAUAGAGCAAGAAACUUUUUAGAUUUUGAUCCUUAAGUGUCAUAAAUUGUGAAUUUCACGUUACGUAUAUUCUAAUAAAAUAAGCAUCACCUUAGAAUUGUGUGUUAUUUUAAAUCAGACUUACCAUGCAGAAGAUACUCUUCCC